ACGUCCCGCACCCAGAACGGAAACGCACGCAGCUGGACCACCGGAUAUGGCGGGCAACUCUUUACGCCCUGGGGAUAUAUAUUGCGCUUUCCGUGGUACUGGCCGCGCCGCUCCUUGUUUGGAAGGCACGCCAAUCCUCGAGCCAUAAGCAUAUACCCAUUGCAUUUAGUCGGUACCAUGUAGAGGACGUCAAGACCGCCAACCACGUCCAUCUCGUACGAGCAGCAACAACCGUCCUAGCAUGCAACCCGUGGCGCAAUUCGCCAUCAUCGGCGACCGCCAGCAUGGAAUACACGCUCCCUCGCAAUGGCUCUAUCUUCUUCCAUUCCAAUGUCUCGGAGGGCGACGAAUGGCAACAGCUUGUUAAGGGGACUCUCCAAGUUGGUAUCAAUCCGGAUACCAAAAUUCACGAUACUGUCUUUUCGUUCGGGCUGUCGUAUGCCAACGAGGUUUCCUUGAAGCAAGUCAGCGUGUGUCUAGUGGACAUAGGCGGCAGUCGAGGUAUCAGGAUCGUCAUGCCAGGCGAUGUGACCCAGGUACAUCCUGUGAUCUUCGACAUGAAGGUCCUGCUCCCGUAUCAUUCUGGUUCGCCCGCGUCGUUUGGCGAAUUCAGGACGUACCUCCCUCUGGUUACGCAGAAACUGGGUGAUCUGGAUGCGUUCGCUCGGUUCGACCGAGUUUACUUGGAAGGGCCUCUUUCUCCGGUCACUGUUGACUCUAUACAAGCGUCAAAACUGACCAUCAAGACGUCCAUGGCAGAGAUAUCUGGAUCAUUCAACGUGUCCGAGUUCCUUGACCUUGAUACAACUUCCGCUGCUGUGAAGGCGAAUGUCCUCUUAGCCAACGAUCGGAGUAGCGAUUUCCAACGUAUGACGCGCAUGCAGAUCUCCACAGGCAACAGUGCUAUCGAUGCCAACGUCACCCUCCUUGCGCACGGAGGCCACACGGGAGACUUUCCCCCCGACUUCGACGUGUCCUUCGCUACCUUCAACGGCGAUCUCUCGGUCUCAUUAGGCCACCAUUCUCUCUCCCGACCGUCUCACCUCAAGGCGAAGAUGCAGAACAACCUCGCUCCUGUAAACGUCACCCUCGAUGAUCUCUAUCAGGGAACGUUCGAUUCCCAGACAAAAUUCGCCACCGCACAUGUACUAGAAGGGUCCACGACUCUCCGAACGCCGUUUCGCGUGGAAGCUGCCGUGAACGGGCGAGCAACCCGGGCGCCGAGAAUCUUGUACGAGUAUGACCACUAUGUCACCUCACGCAUAAUCGGCUGGACGGGUUGGGAGAAGCGGGCUAGGGGGCGCGGUCAGGGGCACGUCGAGGUCGUGUCCAGUUUGAGCCCAGUGACACUUCGACUCGGCCACCACAAUACUACCUGAAUAGACUUCACCACCUUGCUCCUUGUAUUUUGUAGUGUACCAUUGGGGGGGGGGGGGCUGUGCUCGACAGAAUGUAUCAUUAUGUUAUAAAUCAUAUUAUUGUCCGG